AUGCAGAUGAGCGUGCUUCUCGCUGGCUAUAUUGCCGCUGUCUUUGACGUUCAGGAUGCCUUCCUGUACUGGAACUUCUUCCUCGACCACACAGAAGAUUCUCAUCCACGAGCGUAUUACUAUCCGGGAUCGGGAUCAAUGGCCAUCGCGUAUCCCAAAGCCUCGUCGUCGCAGCAUCCUAUCAUUCUCGACUACCGAAUUAUCCGCCCCGGCUCUGUCGUCCCCGCUGUAUAUCGCCGUUUCAUGCACCCGCAACGCGUCGCCCUCAAGCAGACGUCACCCGCCGGCCCAAACCCCUCACUGCCGCGAUUAUACCCGCCGGUUUUCUUCCACAAUUUGCGAACUGGUCAACCUGGUAUUCCGCUAAGCGCCGCGUUCAACGGGUCAGCUCUGCAAGAAAUGGCCAACCUCGACCAGAUCGUCAGAAUCUCGGACAAGCAAUUCGUUGUCUUUGAGGUCGACUGGCCUGGAUACGACGUUGGGUUCGAGAAACAACUCAACCUCAAAGGCCAGCAAUCCGGCCCCACGAUGCGCUGGGCCAUUGAACGCGCAUUGGAUGUAGCAAAUGCGUUCUUUGACAAGUAUAAUGGCCGACCCUCGACACUUGCUGCGUGGACGCUCGGGUAUGGAAACAAUCCGUACGUGAUUACUCGGGAACGGGUACUGGUCAUCGGGUUGCUACAUGUUUCUGCCGGAAAGUGGAGACCGAUAUUGCAGCUUGACAACAUCAUUGUUUCUCCUCAUUGA